GAAAACACACGCUUUCGUCUAGAAGAACCCGACCGGCCUCGAUCGCCGGCUCUCUUCCUCCCCCGAUCCCAUCGCUGUCGUCUAGAUGAUGGAGCCGCCCUGAGAACUCCAAGUUGGACGAACCCUUUGACCGAAUACUAAUCUCCACGGCGAAACGAAAUCAUACCAUCAACUCGACACCACCAGCACCGGCAGAGCCAACUCCCCAUCCCCAAAGGCUCCGAUCCGAUUCUGAGCCCCAGCCUUUCUGCCACUGCGUCGCACGUGCACCCCACCCCACCCCACUGCCAGCGCUCCCCGCCCUCUCGAGCCCUGAUCCCAUCCGGGCCGUCGGAUCCGGCCCCGAUGCGGUUGCCGGCGCUCCUGGCCGCCGCCCUCGCCGCGGUGGCGCUGCUCGCCGCAGGCGCCGGGGCGGCGGCGACGGAGGAGGCGUACGUCACGCUGCUGUACGGCGACGAGUUCGUCCUCGGCGUGCGCGUCCUGGGCAAGUCCAUCCGCGACACCGGCACGAGCCGCGACAUGGUCGUGCUUGUCUCGGACGGCGUCUCGGAGUACUCGCGGAAGCACCUCGAGGCAGAUGGUUGGAUCGUGCAGCGUAUAGCUCUACUUGCUAAUCCUAAUCAAGUUAGGCCAAAGAGAUUUUGGGGUGUCUACACCAAGCUAAAGAUAUUCAACAUGACAAGCUACAAAAAGGUGGUUUAUCUUGAUGCAGAUACUGUAGUGGUGAAAAGUAUCGAGGAUCUUUUCAAAUGUGGGAGGUUCUGUGGAAACUUGAAGCAUUCUGAAAGAAUGAAUUCCGGAGUGAUGGUUGUUGAGCCUUCUGAAACUCUGUUCAAUGAUAUGAUCAGCAAAGUGGGUCGCUUGCCUUCUUACACUGGAGGGGACCAAGGUUUUCUUAAUUCAUAUUAUGCUGAUUUUGCCAACUCCCGUGUUUAUGAGCCAGACUCACCUUUAACUCCUGAACCUGAGACACAACGCCUUUCUACAUUGUAUAAUGCUGAUGUUGGUCUUUACAUGCUAGCCAACAAGUGGAUGGUUGAUGAAAAAGAACUAAGAGUCGUUCACUACACGCUGGGUCCCCUUAAACCCUGGGACUGGUGGACAGCUUGGCUUGUAAAACCUGUCGAAAUAUGGCAGGAUUUUAGGCAAAAACUUGAAGAAUCUCUCCCAGGAACUGGUGGAGGAAGGAACCCUCAUGACCAGUUCGUGGUCAAAAUAUUGUUCAUUCUUCCAUUUUGCUUGCUGUUAUUUGGUUACUACCAAUCAUGUUUUCAGACAAACAAGGAGUUUCUAAGUAUAAGAUCUCUAUGUGCAUUUGCCCGAAGAGCUCGCUACAAAUACAAGUCUGAAAAACCACUUCCAUCUUAUUCAGUGGUUGGUGUUUCAUCAUCUGCAUUUAAUACUUCAAACCAAAGGUUCUCAAACGGGACACAUUUGAAGCUACCUUCUUAUUUUGGGGCGAUCAGUGUGCUAGUCUGCUUUAUGUCUGCUGGUUUCUCUCUUGCCUUUGCUUUCACUAUCAUUCCACGGCAGGUUAUGCCAUGGACAGGUUUGCUGCUGAUGUUUGAGUGGACCUUCGUGGCAUUCUUUUUGUUGUUUGGGAGUUAUCUCCGUUUCGUCUACUGGUGGGGAAGUAUUAGUGCAAACCAUGUGGGAUUUAGCAAUUCUGAUUCAUCAGAGAAUUACAUGGGUACAGGUAUGUUGAACUAUAUAACCUAUUGGAAAGUUUCCUUCUCCUAUGUGGCAAACAAUUUGGUCUUUUGCAGCCCAUCAGCGCAAUAUGUUAGACUGCGAUAUGGAUGCAACAUUUUACUGGGCGGGGAUGGCAGCUAUAGCUACUGCUGCUGUAUUGUUACCAACUAUCUUGGGUAUAACUGCAUUAUUCACAAAGCUAGGAUUAAUGGUCGCUGGUGGUGUUGUGCUGGCGUCAUUUAUGACUUACGCCUCGGAGCAUCUUGCUAUCUCAGCCUUCUACAAGGGCCAGAAAGACAGAAAUGCGUCAAGAACUAGAAGCUUUUGUUUUUUAUGUUAGUGACUGCACCUACACCAUUGAUCCAAUUGAUGGUCCGUAGAUCCAUGUUCUAUUGUAGGUUUCUACACACAGAAGAGAAUGACGAUUCCUUUUUAACACACAGCUACCAAGGUUUCCUUUCUGUAGCACUGAAUGUCAUGUUGUCAUCCAGUGGUAAAUAGGCCCCAACGAUUUUUUGGUUGUUCAGUUAGCAUGGCGCUCGCAGCCAUGCACUGCCAUUCGUUUGUUAUAUAUUGUUCAUUACUCCGA